AUGGAAGGGGCACUGACUGCCCGGGACAAGGUCGGGGUGCAGGAUUUUGUGCUCCUGGACGCCUACACCAGCGAGUCUGCCUUUGUGGACAAUCUCCGCAAGCGCUUCAGCGAGAACCUCAUCUACACAUAUAUUGGGACCCUUCUUGUGUCUGUGAAUCCGUACCAGGAGCUUGGCAUAUACACUGUGAGCCAGAUGGAGCUUUAUCAAGGGGUCAAUUUCUUUGAACUGCCACCACAUGUCUAUGCCAUCGCUGACAAUGCUUACCGAAUGAUGUGCUCUGAACUCAAUAACCACUUCAUCCUCAUCUCUGGAGAGAGUGGGGCAGGGAAAACAGAAGCCUCCAAGAAGAUUCUCCAGUACUUUGCAGUGACCUGCCCAAUGACCCAGUCACUGCAGAUAGCCCGUGACAGACUGCUGCUCUCCAACCCAGUGCUGGAGGCUUUUGGAAAUGCCAGAACACUCCGGAAUGACAACUCCAGCAGAUUUGGAAAAUACAUGGACAUACAGUUCGACUUUCAGGGCAUUCCCGUAGGAGGGCAUAUCAUCAGUUACUUGAUAGAAAAGUCCAGAGUUGUCUAUCAAAACCAGGGAGAGCGGAAUUUCCACAUCUUCUACCAGCUGCUAGCGGGUGGUGAAGAGGAGCGCCUGGCUUACCUGGGACUUGAACGAGACCCCCAGCUGUAUAAAUACCUCUCACAGGGUCACUGUGCCAAAGAGUUGUCUAUUAACGACAAGAAUGACUGGAAAACUGUUUCCAAUGCCUUUUCUGUCAUUGAUUUUACCAAAGCUGAUCUUGAGAAUCUCUUUGGAAUUAUUGCCAGUGUCCUACACCUGGGGAACAUUGGUUUUGAAGAGGACGACCGAGGCUGUGCCACCGUCCCAGACACCCACGAGAUCAAGUGGAUCGCCAAGCUCCUGGGGGUCCACCCAUCGAUCCUUCUGGAAGCGCUUACCCACAGAAAGAUUGAAGCCAAAACGGAGAAGGUGAUCUGCCCCUUGACACCAGAACUCUCUGUCUACGCGAGAGAUGCAAUGGCGAAGGCUGUUUAUGGACGAACAUUUACUUGGCUGGUCAACAAGAUCAAUUCCUCCUUAGUUAACAAGGAUUUCACCAGGAAAACUGUGAUUGGACUGCUGGACAUCUAUGGGUUUGAAGUCUUCGACAAGAAUGGUUUUGAACAGUUCUGUAUCAAUUACUGCAAUGAGAAACUCCAGCAACUGUUAAUAGAAAGGACCCUGAAAGCAGAACAGACAGAAUAUGAAAUGGAAGGGAUAGAGUGGGAGCCAAUUCAGUAUUUCAACAACAAGAUCAUCUGUGAUUUGGUAGAAGAGAGACACAAAGGAAUCAUAUCCAUUCUGGAUGAAGAAUGUAUUCGUCCUGGUCCUGCUACAGACUUGAGCUUCCUGGAGAAAUUGGAAGAGAAAGUGGGCAGGCAUGCACAUUUUCAAACCCGUAAGCUGGCUGGUCCAAAGGGCCAGAAGAGGAUUGGCUGGAUGGAGUUCCGACUUCUCCACUACGCAGGAGAGGUCACCUACUGCACCAAGG